AUGCCAUCGUCCCCGUGGGUUAAGCCCAAUACCAGCAACCGUCCAAUCGCUGUGAUCGGCGGCGGAAUCAUGGGCCGACGGAUCAGCAUGAUGUGGGUGGCAGCUGGAUAUAGUGUGAUCUUAUGCGAGAAGUCAAUCGAGAGCUACGAUGCGUCGAAGCUGGGCACCAAGCCUGGCGAAAUAAAGUUGACUGCGUCGCUGGAGGAGGCAGCGUCGAACGCCUGGAUGGUCAUCGAGGCUGUGCCGGAAAAGCUGGACAUGAAGAUCGAUAUACUGGGCCAACUGGAUAAGACUGCGCCCCUGGACUGCAUCGUGACGACGAACUCGUCUUCCUUGCGGUCGAGCCAGAUGCUCGAGAAGACGACUCACAACUUUCGCAUCUGCAAUAGCCAUUACUACAUGCCCCCCGAGCAGACAUACUACGAGGUGAUGUCGUGCGGCUACACAGAUCCGGCCAUCUUCCCGUUCCUGAUGGACAAGGCCGCCACGGCUGGAUUUCAGCCUGCUCAUGCGAAGAAGGAUUCGACCGGAUUGAUUUUCAACCGCAUUUGGGCCGCCAUCAAACGAGAAUGUUUACUGGUGAUGGCGGACGGGGUCAGUGAUGGCCGAACGAUUGACGAUAUGUUCAAGUCAUGGUUCAAGGCCGAUAAGGGUCCAUGUCAGAUGAUGGAUACUGUGGGUUUGGAUACCGUGUACAAUAUCGAGGUUGUCUAUGAGCAGCAGCGUGGUGUGUCCCCGCGGGCCAAGGAUUGGCUCAAGGCGGCCUAUAUUGAUAAAGGUAAUUUGGGCGCCAAGGCUGGUGAGGGUCUACUGGGAUAG